AUGAGUAACAAUACUGAUGGUGUUAGGUUAAACCCUUUCGCAGGAAGCCGUGAUGUUCACACAUUACUCCAAUUCUUAGAUGCUGUUGAAAUUCGUUUUGUAACUAGGCGUAUUUCUUCAAAUCAGGAGAAAAUUUGUUUUUUAGCUGAAAACUUGGAUGGUGAUGCUGCCUCGUGGUUUAGAAACGCAUACCGAAGAGCAGACUUAACAGACGUACCCUACGAAACUGUUGUUGCUAAGUUGAAAGAACAUUUUUUUGUCGCUAUUGACCCUUACCAAAUGUACCUUGAUUUAAAUAAAAUGAGACAGACCAAGAGUGUUAUGGAAUACACUGACAAGUUCGAGAAAACUAGAUUGUUAUUGCCUAUCGACUUUGUCUCAGAAAAAGCCCUAAUUGUAACUUUCAUCGCUGGGUUAAAAAAGGACAUUUGUAGAGAAUUGAGAAUUCGUGACCCGCAAACCUUGAGAGAAGCCGAAGAGAUGGCCUGGAGAGCUGACAACUUAGGAUCUAAAACGAAUAAUGUAAAUUGGUAUGAUACACCAACAUCAACAAGCAAUGAUCCGGAUGCCAUGGAAAUCGAUGCCAUGCAAUCCAAAUAUAUGAACCGUAAUAGUAGUUCAGGACGUCGUAAUUACAACAACUCAGAACGUUGGGAUUACAAUAACAGAAACCGUCAUAAUUUCAACAAGUCCAACUCGAAUAACGAUUAUUGGAAAAAUCGCCUCGAAAGCUUAUGUAGAAAUAAAGGAUUAUGUUAUGAAUGUGGUGAUUCAGGACACUACGCUUCUAAAUGUCCAAAGAGUCAAAAGAGAAACGCGAGUUCUCCCACGCCUCAGAGAUAUUGA